CGCGCGCCAUGGCGUUUAAGUACCCUGGACAGCGCCGUGCGUUACGCACAGAGGAACUUCAGCCAAACGCUCCUUUACCACAAUAAUCUCCAACCAGAGAGCCAACGCUUUCCCCACCUCCCUGUUUAAAUAGUUUGUUGGCCGCUUCUGUAAGUUCGCUCCUCUUCUCUUUGCGCUUGGAUACACUUUUUUCGCCUCUUCCAAUCGGAUAUGAAGCAGUAGAGCAGCGCCGCCCUCGGAGCAUCGAGAAGCGGACUCCCGCCUCAGCGCCUCCCUCCUGCUGGAGCUGGAGAGAUGCCCGGGGCAGGAUGUGCUCCAGCCGCAAGAUUCUGUGGAGCCUGCUCCUGCUGUCCUUGGUGGAGGUGGGCCUGGGUGUGGCGAGCAUCGUCCUGGGAGCGGUGGGCAUCAGCUGGGUCCGGGGCGAUCAUAAACCGCAGCAGGGAGACGCUUCUCCGGUCUGGAGUGGACUCUGUUUUCUGGUCUGCGGGAUGUGCGGAGUGCUGUGUGCUCGAAAGAGGACUGGUCUUAUUAUGAUCCUCUUUUCAGCGUGCUGCAUCUGUGGUCUCAUUGCCGGGAUUUUAAAUGUCCAGUUUGUUCGGGCACUGAACAAACGGCCGGACAAGAUGCAAACAAUCCACCUGGCUGCAAUGACUCUGGCUUGUCUAGGGAUCUCGACCUGUACCUUAUCCACGUGGCUGACUUGUCGUCUGGCAAGCUCGGAGCAGCAAAGGAUGUUCUUGGAGAGGGAACACUCGCUACAUCAUUCCCAUGAGAUGACAGAGAAGGAGGUCCUAGACAACUCCAGUAAUGGUAUUCCUCAGAUCUCCUAUAAUGGACACACCGCGGCGUCUCCUUGAGGAAGUUUCAGCAGGAGGUGACUUGCAGACUUAAACAGAAGCAGUUACUAAAACUCAUGCUGUCACGCAGCUAAUGCAGCUUGUAGUAGACUGCAUUUAACUGUAUCCUGACUGCAGGAACUGAACCAAAUUUGUCGCCUUGGAACCCGUUUACCUGCUGACUGAUGAAACGGAGAGCAUGAAGGAGCCGUUUGUGCUUCUGAAUAUUAUGCAAACAUGGGUUCAAAUACCUUCGGUUUAACUCUCACCAAAGCCGGGAUGGUGAGCUGCCGUUUGGAUGACAAAUGAGGUGACAGACAUCUGUGUGAAAUCCUCCAAUUUGUGAGCGGGAAGGGUACAUUUCAUCCAGUCAGAUCAAAGUGAUGAGCACAAACCAAGCAUGCAACUGAUUCACUUGUUUAGAAGAGCUAUUUCAGUCUCAUCAUCCUUAUUCUCUCUCUCUCUGUCAUGUUAUUGGUUUAUGGAAUCCAGAUCUUGAGAUAGCCUUUGGUAAACUGUUAUGUAUCAUCUGAUAAUGGAAUGCUUUGAGAGAAAAAAAUUACAG